CAUCCAAUGACCGUAGCAGCAGCAGCAGAAGCAGCAGCAGCACCAGAAGGAGCAGCAGACUCAGCAGCAGCAGCAGCAGCAGCAGUAGCAGCAGCAGCAGCAGCAGCUGAAGGAGCAGCAGCAGCAGCAGCAGCAACAGCGGCAGCAGCAGCAGUGGCAGCAGCAGCAGCGGCAGCAGCAGCAACAGCAACAGCAGCAGCAGCAGCAGCAGCAGCAGAAGAAGCAGCAGCAGCACCAGCAGCAGCAGCAGCAGCAGCAGCAGCAGCAGCAGCAGCAGCAGCAGUAUCUACAGCCAUCCCCAUCCUCCCCUCCUCUUUGAGCCGCUGCGGGUGCCUCCGCCUUGGUAUGCAGGAGGUGCACAGAAACAUUCCGCGAGUGGUCAUCGACUAGUGUAAGAAAGUACCGAUGACCGCCUCGGGAUGCGACUGGAGCUGGGCCCCAGACAUCCAUGUGCACUAGGUC